UUGAAACAUUCUAUCGAGUAAGUUAAAAAUGGGUUUCGUUAAUUUUGGCGUUUUGCGUCAAUUUGAUGCUAAAUAUAAAAACAGUCGGUUUGGUAGAUGAACGCGUCUCCGUCGAUGAUUAAAAUUGCACGAAGUGACGCACACGAAAAUUAUAACAAUAAAUAAAUAAACGUCCGGAAAGGAAUAGAAAAUAAUUGCAUGCGUAUGUGGAUGACCUCUUGAAGGUCUAGCAUUUUGAGUCGUCCCCAUGGGAAAAAUCAAUAUGGGAAACAAUGUGUUUGGAUUCGGUUGUUAUGGAAAAACUAUUGAUCACCGGUGUGACUAUGCACAGUCAACAUGAUUUUUGUUACAAACAAAUUCCGUUGCAUGUUAUUCAUUCAUUCGGAAUUCGGUUGCUGUGCAUUAUAGAUGUAAUUGGGUGAAGAGAAUUUUAUAGUUUCAUAUUUUUUUUUUAAUUAAGGGAGUGCGAGAAACUUUCGAAGGUGUUUUUCACCUCGAGUCACGGAAAGUUCUUCGAUCGAAAUCAUUCGGAGAACGUUACCUUUGCCAGUCUCACGCAGUUUGUGCUUGCGAUCACAACCAAAAUGCAGGUGGCAACGACGAUCGAUGGAGACAAUGGAAUGGUGGUGAAGAGGUUGAGUGUUCCUCUUGGUUUGGAGGAGCUGAUGGAGAGUUUAACUAAGCAAGUUCUCUUGAAGCAACCCAAAGAUAUUUACAGUUUUGCAUCGGAUCAUUUCACCCAAUUGCUUCAAAUACGCGACAAAGCUGAAACUGGAGAUAAAAAACCGGUUAAUGGAAAAGUUAAAAUACGAUCGGCGACUGUAGCCACAAAAUUCAAUAAGCUCCCAACUCCGAUUAUAUUCACGAAUUCCAAAACGUCUUCGAAGCCGAAGACUCCAAAGGCAUUCUCUUCGACCCCUAUCAAAAAUAGAUAUGAAACUUCACCGAGAAUGGAGAAAGUUAAGUCCUCAUCAUCAGAGGCUUCACAGACGAACAGCGCGAAACAGAGCAGAUCAAGCAGGGCACGUUGGAUGAAGCAGGAUACCGCAGUGAAGAAAUCACUCUUGCCCAAGGACAUCGAAAAUAUAAAUCUCGAUGUGAGCAAAAAAACCAUCCGCGAAAAUUACAAAUCUAGAAAACCAUUGAAUAAACCUAAACCUAAAGAAGAUGUGAUUAAGGAACCGGUGAUGAAGAGAUCGAUUUCCAAAGACAAAAAUAAUAAGAUGAAAUCAAGGGUCGUUACAACUCCUUCCACGGAUGACAAAAUAUCGAUUAAUGGAUCACAAGUUGGAUUGAAUAAUAAGUUCAAUAAAAAGAAGGUAGCUGGAGCUGCUGCAGCAGCUGUUGCCACAGUAACUACAGCUGGAGUUGCUAAGAAACAGAUUGAUGCUUCUAAAAUGAAUAAAUCUAAGCUGAUUAAGGAUGAUGCUGUUGAUAGUGAUUUCGUCGAUGGAGAUCAUAAGGAGAGCGUGGUGAUUGAGAAUUUGAAUUAUGUUAAUCAGGAAGAUAUACAUGAAAAUAAUGAUAUUCCACAAAACAAAGUGAAGAAAACUGAUGGUGAUUCUGUUAUAGAAAAUGCUAAAGAAUCUAAACCAGAAGAAACUGAAAAUAUUAAAGCAGAACAAGUAAAAGAUGAUAAUAUUCCAGAAGAUGAAAAUGAAAAGAAAGUGGAUGAAGAUAAAUUGACAGAAGAAUCAAUGAACGAUAGUAAACCUGAAGAAAAUGUUAAUAAAACUAAGUCUGAGGAAUUUGAAAAAGAUGAAACUAAACAUUCUAAUGAAUUAAAUAAUGAAGAUAAGAUAGGAAUUCAAAAAAUGAAUGAAGAUAAAAUCGAAGAUAAGGAAUCUUGUCAGGAUAUACCAAGCAAUGAAGAAUCAUUAAACUUAACUGAAGUUAUUAAAGUAGAUGGAAAUGAGAAACACAAUGAAGAUUCCAAUAUUAAUCAACUUCAAAACGAAGAAGUUAAAUCAAAAGAAGAAGAUGAUAAGUCUAAAAAAGAAGAAAGUAUUGUAUCUGAAAUAAAAGGUACUCUUAAUGAAGAUUUGAGAACCAAUGAAAAGAAUGAAGAAAGUAACACAAAUCAAGAAGAUAAGGAGAAAAUAGAUGCAUUAAAUCAGGAACAAACUGAAGAAUCAAAAGUUCAAGAAAAUGAAAUAUCAGAGAAGGAAUUAAUUGAAGAUUCUAAGCUCAAAGAAAAUCUAGACGAGGAACUGAAAUCUGAUAAUAAGAAAGAAGAGAGUAAUAUAAAUCAAGACAAAGUAAACAGCAUUGACAACAAAGAAAAUGUAGUAAUUGAAGAUUCGGAAACAAAAGAAGUCUCAAAGAAAGAAGAAUUAUCAAAUGAGGAAGAAACUAAAGAAUUAAAAGUACAAGAAAUUGAAAAGGAAGAUAUUCAAUCAAAAGAGGAAUCUGGCUAUACUACUAAAGUAGAAUCUAAAGUAGAUCAGGUUCAAAAUGAAGAAUUGAAAUCGAAUGAUGAGACAAAAUCUAAUUCAAAUGAAUUAAACAAGGAAUAUAGUCAAGAAGAUAUGAAUGAUAAAGAAAAGGAAGAUUCUAAAUCAAAUGAGAUUCAAAAUGUUGGUUUGACACUUAAAAAAGAAUCUAAUAAUUUGAAAAUAGAGGAAAGAAACGGAACUCCUGAGACUUUAAUAUCAAGUAACGAAAAAGAAGAAUCUAAUAAUUUAUCAAGUGAUAAUAAUGGAACAAAUCAUGAGGUUUCUGGAAAUAAUAAUAAGGAUAAUUUAGCAACAUUUAAUAUAGAUCAACCUACUGUAGAAAAUGAAGUAUCUGUUGACAAGGAACCAAUAAAUGGUAAUGAUAAUACAGCACCGAUUACUAUAGUAAUUUCCAGUGAUGAUGAUGAUGAUGAUAAUAAAGACUCAAGUAAAUCAAAUUUGCAAAACGAAGAUGAGAAAGAGCAUAAUCUUGAUUUAGUGAGUGCAAAUACAGAAAAAGUUGACACAAAUACAGAUAAAUCAGAUGGAAUAAAACAAUCUGAAGAUAUAUCUAAAGAUGAGUUAAUUAAGAAUACGUUAUUGGCAGAUACGACUGAAAAUUUAAAAUUGGAGGAAGAUGAAAGAAUCAAAGAUGUAUUGUUAGGUCAAGAUCAUAUAACGAGUGGAGAAAAGAAAGUAGUAGAUAAUGAAGAAUUGAAGACACCUAUCGAUGAUGCAGGUCCAUUACAUUUAGAAGAUGUAAGUAAAUAUUUAUCGAAUCGAAGUGAAAAUGUCGAUUCUGAUGAAGCAAAAGAGAAUCAAUCGAAAGUAGAUAAUGCAGAAGAAGAAAAUGAUACCAAUAAAUCCGCUGAACAAUCUUUAGAAGAAAAAGAAGAAAGUGAAAAUGAUUUGAAAUGCGAAGAAAAUGAAGAGAGAAUUCAAUCAAAAGACAGUAAUAAUGAAGAUCAUAAAGUACGUCAAGAAAAUUCGUUGGAUAAAGAAAUACCCACUGCGAUUUCUGAAACACUAAAAGAUAUCAAAAAUGAUACAGAUAUUAAUAAUGAAGAAAAAGUAGAAACUUUGGAAAAAGAGGCACCUAAUGCAGUAUCUGAAGCAGUAAAAGAUUUAAAAGAUGAUUUAAAUGAUAUAGAACAGAAACAUGAGAAAUCUGCAUUUGAUGCAUUGGCAUUGACAAGAAGUUUCAUGAGUCAUGAAACUACGAAUUACGUAUCUGAUUCUAAUUACAAUAAUAAAUCAAAAGAUAGCUCUGACUUAUCCAAAGAAUCUAAGAACGUGAUUGAUGAAAAUGUAGAUUUACAUAAUAAUGUAGAAUCUGUAAACGCAAAUAAACAUGAAAACGCUGACCUAAAUUCGUCAAACGGAAAUGAGAGAGAAAAAGAAAAAGAUUCAAUUGAUACAAAGGCCUUAACUAAAAGUCUGUUAACCAAUGAAAAUAAGCAUGAAUCGAAACCCAAUGAUUUUGAUGUACACAAAAAGAGACCCAAGAAAUUCAAAGAAGAUACUGAAACUAAAUCUACUUACAUACCGUUAAGAGAUUAUUCAGAGGAUAAUACUGAAGAUCAAGUCGAUUCUAUUACAUCGACUGAAGAAAGUAUAAAAUCUGAUAUGUUUGGUCACAGCGUUCAACCGAAUAUACCAAAAACUGAAGAAAUAUCAGCAGCUACCAAAAUCCAGUCAGUUUGGAGAGGACAUUCCACAAGAAAAUCAAUGCAACCCUCAAAGUCCCUGAAGUCUAUUCAAGAACCUGCAGACUGCGACGAGUUGCCGCAUCACCGUGGAAUAGCGAAUACAGUAAGUUUGAAUCCUUUAAGUGAAGAAAAUCAGUUAUCCGACGAGCACGUUGCUAAGGCAAUGGAACAAUUGAAUACCUUGGAGGUUCCAAGUGAUGAACCAAAAGUUCGUGGGAAACGAUCGAUUGCGGACGAUAGUUCGGACUCGUCGAAAAAGUCUAUCAUGAACAAUAUUUCGGAGAAAAUGAGCGGAAUUAAGAAUUUUUUUCAGUCAGACAAAGAUCAUCCCGAAAAAGAUCCAAAGAAUAAAAGCAGUGAGAAAGAGACAGUGAUUGGUGAAUAUAGGUCUUUAGAGGAUGAUGAUUUAUCUAAAGAACCAUCGGAUACAAAUGUUGAUUCAGAUUUACCACUUCUUAAACAUGAUCAAACAUUAGAAAAUAAACAUUCAAGUAUAAAUGAUGAACCAGAACAACCUACUAUUGAUAAUAUAACAGAAACUGAUUCUGAAAGUAAUACAGAACCUCUGACUUACAAUAUUUUGCGCAAUGAUAAAGAUUUAGAUUCGAUUGACAAGUUGUCAGAAUCAGCUAUGGUUUCUUCUACAGAUAACAUUAAGCAAGAACAUGCUGUAAGUGUAUCAGAAACACCUAAUGAAGUAACAUCUGGAACUAAAACAGAAGAUUUAUCAAAGAAUAAUGAAAUAACAACACCAACAUCAACUAAUAAUACAAACAAAGAUAAAAUCGAAGUUGAUCCAGUAAAUACAAAAAAUAAAACUAAAUCUGAGGAAUUCAUAGAUAAUUUACAACAAUCUGUGGAUUCAGAAAUAAUUUCCAAAAACGGUGAUAAACCAGAAGAUUCUAACGACAUAAAUAAAAAUAUAUCAGGUUCUAUAACUAAUAAGAGUGAAAUUAUCAACUCUGUUAAAUUAGUUGAUGAAACUGUAAAUGAUCUAAAAGCUGAUACUAAGCUAUCAUCUGAUAAAAAUAUUAAAGAUACUUCUUCAGACAAAGAAAAGAAACUUCAGAAGCUUCGAUAA